AUUGCCUUUAUAGGCUACUUCUCACACAUUUGGAACUGGAGGUUUUUUGUAACUCAAAAUACUUUUUAGUUUACUUAAAUGAACACACACGCCUGGAUACACGCGCUAUUUGGUCCUCUUAGUCAGAUUUCUAAGGUGAGAGGCACAUUUUUGCAGAGGAUGCUGGCGUGGAUGGGCUGAUCCACAGAUUGCAGGAUUGUGUCUGGAGUAGGAAGGAAGGACCGCACAAGAACAGAAAUGUACUGUCGGGGACUGACAUUUUGAGAUUUUACAGUGAUAAUAAGUUGUUUAAAGUAGGCUAUGUGCAACUUGUGAGCGCCCUGCCUCUUUUUUUUUUUUUUUUUUUUGCGUUCAUCAGCUGCAUCGUGCAAGUAGGUGCGCGCGUCUGGUCCACACAGUCGUCUCCUCUCCUCUCCUCUCCGGAUUCAUGUGGAUUAUUGUGGCGUUUGUUCUGGCAGCGGCCGGUCCUGAUGGAAGCUGGGGUUGUCAACUGCCCCACGACUGGAGACCUCAGACAGAAGCGUGCCGUGCCGAGCUGGCGGAGAUCAUUGUCUUUGCCAAGGUGUUGGCACUGCAUGAGGAAUCUUACAGUAUGUACAGGCACAACGACCUGCCGCGGGAGCACGACAGCAACAUGUUCUUCUCCGCCGAGAUUGAGCUGCUGUGUGAUCAGGCAUGGGGCAGCAUGCUGGAGGUCCCUGCCGGCUCCAGGUUUAAUGUCACCGGGCUGGGAUACUUCCACUGCUUCUCCUAUAGUGUCACCAAAAACAACAACUACUACUUCUUUCUAAGGAUGGAUGAGAACUACAAUAUUGUUCCUCAUGGAGUUAACUUCCAGGACCCGAUCUUCCCCGACACAGCAGACAUACAUCACAUGUUUGCCAGCCUUUUCCAGUUUUCCAACUGUACUCCUGGUACUCAGGUCCACAGCUACACGCCGGAGUGGGAGGCUCAAGAGGACAGCAGGCUGUUGUGCUCUGCAGUGCAGAAGGCUCUGUUUGAGGAAGAGGAGAGGGUUACGACACUCUCCCAGCAGGUGCGUUCCUUGGAGAAAGCCAAUGAUCAUCUUAGGGAAAAAGUGAAGACAAUGAAACGUCUGCUACGCCAGGCCCAACGAGAAACAACCAAAGAGCAAAACACCAUCGGCCUCAAACAGCUCUUCGAGUCAAAGAUGCCCCAAACUCACCGAGAUCAGGACACUACACAGGACCAAAAGAAGCCACCACUUAAAAAAGUCCUCUCCAGAAAUCUAAAAAACUAGAGCUUUUGAAUUUUGUUGUAUAUAAACCAAAUUAAGCUUCACAUGAGGCGUCGACAUCGGACAACUGAAACAAGUGUAUAUGAGAAUGGGAGAAGAGACAGAUGACAGCAGCAAUGAUUCAGAAUCAGAAUAAUCGAGGAGUUUGAGUGUAUUUAUUUCAUAGAUCAAAUGUUCUUAUCCUGAAAUAGAAAAACAACUGAAAAAAGAACAAACCCUAAAAUAUUAAAACAAUAACAUGAGCAGGCCUACAAAAACAGGAAAUGUCGCACUAAAUCAUGAACAGUAGGGACAUAAUAUCUGCAUGUGUCUCUGCAGAGCAUACAGUAUGCAGUCAGUAAACUCUUGUCAUAUAUCAGCAGAAUACACAGGUACUUAAGGGAUGGAGUGAGGGGAGAUUGGACACUAAUUGAUAGCAGAUGUUUCUUAUUAUUUCCCUUUGAAGGUAAAAAAAACUAUCCAGGUGUAUUAAACUCCCUUCAGGCAUUCCUGAGUUAUUGCGUCACAAGAAUGUGACGGCCAGAAAAUAGGUUUUCUGGGACAUGAUGAUGUGGAAGUGAGGUGGACUAAUUGGUCACUUCAUCAUGUAUACUUAACAAGAUGAAUGAGAUAUUGUCAUUAUAGGAAAAUAAAUGUGUGAGUUAUGUAGGAUACAUAAACAUAUUUUACAAGGGUACAUCGACCUUGAACUUUGACUUAUGGCCGCGAAAAUUCUCAUCAGUUUAUUAUUGUGUCCCAGUUUGACCAAACAUUUGAAGACACUCUUUUCGGGUGUUACUGAAAAAUACAAGACUGGUGUGAAAAGAAUAAUGUACAGGCGACUCUGAAAAUGUAGUUUGUGGACAUGUCUGUUGGAACGUAGGCUUAAAAAACUUUUUACCCUUUAACAGACUUGACAAAAGACUGUUGUUUUAUAGUUACUGGUUAAAUUGACCUGUGCCAUUGAGACAGUAAACUACAAAGAGACCAUUCAUGCCUAUUUACAUUUUUAUCCCCAUAGCCCAAAGCACUGUGUGUGUGUGUGUGUGUGUGUGUGUGUGUGUGUGUGUGUGUGUGUGUGUGUGUGUGUGUGUGUGUGUGUGUGUGUGUGUGUGUGUGUGUGUGUGUGUGUGUGUGUUGAACUGCCUCCAGUGUAAAAAGGAUUUAAAUGUUUCCCAGGAGAUCCUCCUCUAAAGCUCUUUAUUGAUUGAUGGUGAGUAUUCUCUCUGAAUAACUGUUACUGCUAAAUGUCUCAGCCCCAGACUUUUACCAUUGCUGUUUAUUUGUUUAAAUUCAGUGGCAGCACAAACAUUCUCCAAACACUAAACACUACUAUUGAAAAUAUGUGGAAGAUGUAAAAGCACUAAAAAAUUGAAUUUCUCGUGUUUUCUUUCUGUGCUGGACACACUAUGCAUUAUAUGAAUAUGAUUAACAUUUCUUUCUUCAGAAAUGCUGUUAUGAAAAUGCUCCAAAUCAUGUGUCGGGGGUCCACUUAAGGACAAGUUAAUGUGAAAGUGUCAAUCAUGUGUUCAUGAAAUAGAGCAGCUAUUCAUUGAAAGAGUGUUAUUAAGUAGUGGUGAGAAUUGAAAUAUUGUCUGAGGAAAUACAAAAGGCUCAAACCAUGUGUGAGCGUUUAGUUACAGAGGGGCAGAUGAAGUUCAAAUGCUGCAAGGUUGUUUGUUACAUCAUAUCAAAUUUUCUACUUUUAAGUCCAUCUAUUUAAAGGCUUAAUAUGCGAUUUUUCACACUUAAAUGUAAUAUAAAUCAAGUAUAUCCUCUGAAAAUAACUCUGUGAGUCAUGACUGUCUACAAUGGGUGUAACACCCGAGUCCCACUGUCUGUGAUGUUUUCAGAGUUUUCAGAGUCCUAUCUUCACUUUGUUUACAUUGUCGGGACGGCCGGCUGACUCCUCCCCUCGUGUAUAAAAGUUGUUUAAUUGAGGGACUAGAGAAAAGAAGAAUAACAUACUGUACUCACUGCUUAACUGUGUUUCUAGAUCACGCUCAUUUCAGGUAAAUUUACAUGCAGUGUGAAUAUACGAGCAUAAUAAAGAUCACUAGCAUUAGCAUGCUAACACAACAAUGCAGCGCGAGUUGUUUUGGUUUCAUGCUGGUGCACAAGGGCGACAUCUACUGGAUCAAAAAAUUGCAUAUAAAGCCUUUAAGGAACGUAAAUUGUCUCACGGAUGUAAUUUUUUUCUGCUUAAUGCAAGGGCUAUUAUUCAAAAUGUACUGAAUGAAAGCAAAAGAUUUGUAUUUAAAAAAGGUGCUGAGCACCCAGUUAGGAUUCAUUUCAACCCUUGUAACAACGUACAGUUCACUUUAGUUACUUUUUUUUUUGCUUAUCUCAUUAUCUCCCUUUUUUCUUUUCUUGUAUCAUCUGGUUUGCAUUUCCAGUAGCAUAAUCCAUUUUAUAACAUUUUAUGUAGUUCUUUUUUAAAAAUAAAUAAAUGAACUUUACAAAACUUC